AUGGCGGCACCCACUGCAGCAACAGCAAAGUCUAUGAUGAAGAAACUGACAGGCAGCUUGUUAGAGUCCGUCUAUACAUCCAGCAAAGGUAGCGAAUGUUUGCCAGCAGAUUCGGGGACAGGACGGGACUAUCUGGUGGACUUCCUGGAGAAGGAGGUAGGCAGCGACCUGAAGUCCCUGAAGAAUGUUGGUGACCUGCUGGAAAAACUGCGCGAGGAAAACAGCGGACUGGAGAAACAGGUUGUAACCGUAUCCAGUUGUGUGCCUCCGAAAGUUUCUGCAGCUCUGUCUGCUGCCGAGGAGGCAGCAUGUUCCCUCAAGGACCUGCUGCAGAAAGAGCAACUUAUCUCCAACAAGCUGCACCAGCACCUGCAGGGGACCCAGCCCUGGAUGGACAACCUCGGCCAAACACUCAACCAAGUGGACACUAUAGAGAGGAAUGUGAAAUACCUACGGUGCCUUCAACAUAUAGAGGAGCUCAGUGCUGCCGUCCAGCAGUGUCUGAUGACCAGCAGUGUGUGGGAGGCUAUAAGGGCAGUGGACAACAUGGCCGCACUAGACGCCGGGCUGAACCAGUCAGGAUGUUCUCACCUCCAGGACUACCUCAGAGAGACGCUUCACUUCUGGCACAAGAUCAUCAAAGACCGACUGGCCAGCGAUUUUGAGAAAGUGUUGAUUCAACUUCACUGGCCAAUCAUCUCCCCCCCGACUCAGUCACUGACGCCGACGGCCAACGGUCAGGAAAUCAACAGCCAGCUUGAGCUGCUGGUGGCGCAGCUGCUCGCCCUGCAGACCUCUGAUGACCUCAUUUCCCAGAGGCCUCUGGCUUCAUGUCAUGUUGCCCCCUCUACUCAGCCUGCUUCUUUAGCCACAGCCCCAUCCCAAGUCCCCCCCCUGUGUCUGCCCAUCCAGAUUAUGCUGCUGCCACUCAGUAGGAGGUUUAGAUACCACUUCUACGGGAAUCGACAGACCAACUCCCUCAGCAAGCCAGAGUGGUACCUCACUCAAGUUCUCAUGUGGAUGGGGAACAGCUCCGCCUUCAUGGAGGAAAAGAUUCAACCUAUCCUGGACCGAGCUGAGGCCCCUAUCAGUGCCAUGGUAGAGCUGUGUCGAGGCCUGCUGUGUCUGGUCCAGGAGAAGGUGGCCAGUGACGCCUCCAGGCUGCUGUACGAUGAUGUCCUCUUUUGUCACCUGGUGGAGGAGGUGCUGCAGUUUGAGAAGGAGCUGCGGAGCAACCAGUCGUAUCCCCAGGCGCUUCCCGGCCUGCUCCACCUCCUGCUCGAAGACGCAACCCUUCAGAAGUGGCUCACUGUGGAAAAGAAGAUGGCAGUGGAGAAGAUGGACGCCAUGCUGUCAGCCGAGGGAGCCUGGAGCUCUCAGUAUAAAGAUAUCAGCGACAUGGACGAGCUGAAGACUCCAGACUGUGCUGAGACCUUCAUGACUCUUCUACAGGUCAUCACCGAGCGGUACCGGGCCUUGCCCUGUCCUUCUGCACAACUCAAGUUCCUAGGGCUGCAGAGAGAACUGCUGGAUGACUUCCGUAUACGACUCACCCAGGUGAUGAAGGAGGAGUCCCGCUUCCCGCUGGGUGCCCGUUACUGUGCCAUCCUCAACGCUGUUAACUACAUUUCCACCAUCCUGGGCGACUGGGGAGACAAUGUGUUCUUUCUGCAGCUGCAGCAGGCAGCGGUUUCCCUUGGUGAAGAGGUGGUGAUGGGAGGCCUGGGGGUGAUGGAGGUGGGUCGCUUGGCCUCUCUGGAGGGCUCGCUGUUUGAAGGCUUGUUGGCGUUGCUGGAUCGGCUGAAAGGAGACAUGAUGGGAAGGCUUCUGGAGUGGACCAUGAGAGAAAUCACGGAAAAAGCCAAACCGUACAGCCAAGACAGGUGGCUGUCCCUACCGGCCCAGCAGGACCAGUCCACCAUGACUCUGUCCAGUUCAGCAUGUCCCAUGAUGCUGUGUGUGAGGGACAGAUUGUUGAACCUCCAUCAGGUCCUGAGUUUUUCUCUGUUCCAACUGGCCUGGCAGGGUCUGGCAGAGAGACUGGACCACGUCCUGUACCAGGAUGUGAUCCUCUCUAAUCAUUUCAGUGAAGGUGGAGCAGCUCAGCUUCAGUUUGACAUGACCAGAAAUCUGUUUCCUCUGUUUGGUCACUACUGCAAAAGACCUGAGAACUUCUUUAAGCAUGUGAAGGAGGCGUGCAUCAUCUUGUGUCUUAACGUGGGCUCUGCUAUUCUGCUGAGGAAUCUCCUCAAAGAGUCAGAGGAGCAGGGGACGGGCUUGGCCAGUGCAGAGGACCCCCCACCAGAGUGUGCUCUCAACGAGUUGGGGGUGUACUGCUUGGCUUCCUGUGACGUGUCCAUUCUCCUCAACCUCAGAGCCUCGUGGCCCGGACAGUAGCACGCCCCCUGCUGUGUUUAUCAAAUGUAAUUUACUUUGAUCAUCUUGUGUAAAUACGAUACGAUAAGUGUUCAUUAAGUAAGAAAUUGUAUGGACUUAUGAGUGUGUUCACUAUAUUCCGGGGACCCACUAACCUGUCACCUCAGUUGACUGAAUUAUGCCACAACAAUUAGUAAUGACCAUUGUCCUGUCAAAGUAGAUUAUGUCUCACUCUAAGAGUUGAACUGUUGUUAUGGCUCUGUGGCUUAUCACAGAGAAAGAAUGAAGCCAGUGCUGAAGUGUCUUAAUGCAUCCUCUCCACUGGCCACCAGGGGGCGACUCCUCUCAUAUAAAAUACAUCACUAUAUUUAUUAUUUCAGUAAACAUCAGUUUGAGAUUGAAACAAUACAACCAGUACUUAGAAAGCAUAUUCUACUCACAUUAGCUUUUCAAUCUAAGGGAAGAGGUGGAUCUGAUAUCUGGUGUGGAAGCCGUUACUGCUUUCCUAUCAUUUCAGUAAAAAUGAGUCAAGGGUUAUAUCUUCAACUCGCACCCAAUAAACAAGCUCUACAUUCACUCAUUGUACCUCGAGCCCAGCAAUCCAUCAGUCCGAGCUCGAAUUCAAUGAAAAGUGCAAUGAGAAUUAUGUCCCAGUUUAGGCCACUGAUCAUCUUGGAAACUGCAAGGAUCACUGGACUUGGAUGUGGGCUCAGGGAGCCAGAUCCCUGGUGACUCCAACACACAUAUUGAAAUAUAUACAGUAUAUAUCUGUAUCUGUAUCUAACUUGCUGUGUCCAGCUGUUCCGGGUGACCUUUCCUCACCUUACUACCCAAUGGGUCCACUGACUUUAACUCUUAAGUGGCAUCCACUCGUCCUCAUUAGAGAUUUCCUGCGAGGGCUCGAGUGCUGCUGUGCCCUCUAGUUUUAUAACAAACACAAGUAAUUUGACCUUUAGGGCUGAGUCGGUACGUAUAUACCUUCUAUCACUUUUUGCUGUACACUAUAGAUUCUUCUUGCAACCAUUGUUGUGAAGAAAGUUUUAUUUUGUUCCACCUCAAGUGGAGUCCCUUCUAUCCUUCUCAUUUCUAACUGAUGGCCACACUGUUUAAACACGUUGUGUAGUCGAGAACAAACACGUACACAGUUAACACACUGGGUGUUUUUAUUGAAGUAGACAUAAUAAAUAUCAGAACACAGAA